CCCAAGUGUAGGAGCAUCGGUCAACUUUUCGACAGGGAAAAUGGGCCUGUUACACAUACUGCUGGGGUUACUCUUGCCGGUAAUGAUCGACGCCUUUAUUGGACCUUGUACCAUAUGCGGCUGUAUGCGUCAGGAUUCCACUGAAAUUGAAAAGGAUGAUUACCUCUUAAAAGAAUUACGUACUGAAGAAUACAGAGAAUUCGUAGGCCGAAUGUAUGAUGCUUUCAACAAUAAUUACCUGGCCUAUUCCUAUAUAAACUCGUAUCCAACAUCGAUCGAACCACCACCAGAAUUUCCAGGAAAUUCAGUAUGUCCUUCUGAAGAUCAACACGUCUUUGGUUACUUCAAAAAUUACGGUUUGACAUUAUGUUUGGUAGUAAAACCGGAAAUACAACGUGUUACAAAGGUAGAGUGCUGCAGUGAAGGCCCCCCCUGCGGAAAGAACACACGAUGUGUGCCAAGUGGUUUUUGUCGGAGAAGGUACCUUGUGUUCUGUGAUGCCAUCUAUCGUGAUCACGAGGGUUGCCUUGUUGGAUCGGGGGUGCUUGAUGCAACCAGACCAGAUAAUGUAGAUCCAAGCGACUUCACUGGGCCGAUUAAAAGACGAAAGCGUGAGGAGGACGAAACCUUGUAUGACUCGACCACUGAUGAGAGGGUAAAACGGGAUAUUUUCUGUCGUCGUUCCUUUGGUUACUUUGCGUUCAGGGAUGAUUUUCUGCCGUCUACAUGCACCGUUACAGAAUGUAAUUGUGGCUAACGUGGUCGUCAUCAAUAUUUCUGUAUGUCUGUUUUGGGAACAAUAAAACCGAAUCAAAUCUAAUACACAGAUGUUAAAAACAAA